AUGGCCCUCUUAAUCCCCUCGUCUGGAAUUUCAUCACUUUCCAUCCACCGGCGUGAAAUCCCGGCCAGAAUCACUCCAAGGAACAGAAAUAUUAGGGUUAGGGUUUCAUCAAGUGUUAUAGACUUGGAAGAGGAUACAAUUGAGGUUUUGAAAUUGAGGAGUAAUUAUUACUAUGAUUUUGCGUGGUUGUACAGUCAGUUCUCGGCUCCAGCGAAGCCUACUGGUAGAGCGGCAUCGUUUACUGCGAAAAAGGUUAUGGAUGAGGAAGAAACGAAGCGGAAUUAUUAUGUGAAUACGGGCUAUGCUAUUCGGACCCUCCGAGAAGAGUUCCCGGAGCUUUUCUAUAGAGAGCUCAGUUUUGAUAUAUACAGGGAUGAUAUUGUCUUCAAAGAUCCACUCAACAAUAUUGUCGAAUACAAGCUUGAUAAGAACGGGAAAAUCUACGAACACCGGGUUCACAACAUUGCCUUAAAUGGACCCCAAAAGUUUCAAGUACCAUCUGUGGAGCACUUGAUUCAGUCAAUAGGCUGCCCUUCAACUCCAAAGCCAACUUAUUUUGAGUUCUCGUCCUCUUCCACAAGGAGCAUUGUUCCAUCACAUGACCUUUCAGGGAUUAAGCAUUACUUGGCUUCUCUUCCUAUCAAUUUUCUAAAAACCGAGGCUGAAUUAUGGCGGAAUACAUAG